AUGAGAAGGAAGAAGGCGAAGCUCGACCUUCCAUCACCCCCCGCCGUUGAUGACACACUAGCAGCCCGCCGCGCCCGCCGUCAAGCGAUCAUGGCCAAGUAUGCCGGGAUCGCGAGCAGCAACCCACCGGCGACCCCGAGCCCGGGCCCGAGUAGUGCGGUCGAGCCGCCUUCCGCGACGCCUUAUGUGUCUGAUUUCCCAUCUCGGGCCCACAGCACUGUGGAUACCCCAGCCGCGGCCGCAGGCGACCGGCACGACUCGACUUCACCCCCGCCCGAUUCCGGAAUUUUCUCGCUCGCCAAGGGCGACGAGGAAGAGCAGGCUCAAGCUCGAGCCCAAGAGAUGGAUGGGACUGGUGAGCAGGUGUCGGCCGCGGAUUAUGACCCGAGUUUGGAUCGGAGAGAGGACGAGCACAAGCGGGUAUGGGGCGGCGCCAAAGACGAGGCAAUUGAUGUCGAGAUGGUUGAAGAAGAAGAGGAGGAGGAGGAAGACGUCGACGACAUGUUCGCCGUAGCCACCACGGUGAAGAAGGUCAAGAAAGUCAAGCGCGUCGUGAAAACCGCUGCGCCUGCCAUCAUUGCGACUGCCACUCUCGAUACGGCCGCUGACGCCGAAGGAUACUAUCAAGUCAUUCUCGGCGAGCAGCUCGACGGAGGACGCUACCAAGUGUUCUCGCUGCUGGGGAAAGGCAUGUUCGCUUAUGUCGUCAGGGCCCGUGUCUUGCAGGGUGACGCCAACGAGGUUGGCAAAGAGGUUGCGAUCAAGAUUGUGCGAUGCCAGGAGUCGAUGUUUAAAGCAGGCCAGAAAGAGGCCCAGAUCCUAAUGAAGCUCAAGCAAGCAGACCCCGAAGACAAGAAGCACAUCGUUCGACUCGAUCGUACAUUCGAGCAUCGCGGACACCUUUGUCUGGUGUUCGAGUCACUCAGCAUGAACCUUCGUGAUGUCGUCAAGAGGUUUGGUAAAGACGUCGGUAUCAAUAUCCGCGCCGUGCGCGCAUACGCUCACCAGCUCUUCCUCUCGUUGAGCUUGUUGCGCAAGUGCAACAUCAUGCAUGCGGAUAUCAAACCGGAUAACAUCUUGGUCAACGAGCAGAAGACAGUGUUGAAACUUUGCGAUCUCGGUUCCGCAUCCGAUGCCUCUGAGAACGACAUCACGCCGUAUCUCGUUUCCAGGUUCUAUCGUGCUCCCGAGAUCAUCAUGGGUCACCCUUACGAUCCGGCUAUCGACAUUUGGUCCAUCGGCUGCACGCUUUACGAACUAUACACGGGCAAGAUCCUCUUUCCUGGUCGGAGCAACAACCAGAUGUUGCUGCACAUGAUGGAGCUAAAGGGUCGCUUCAACACACGCAUGAUCAAACGCGCCAAGUUUGGUGACAUGUACUUCGACGAUCUCGGUGCCUUCUUAAGCGUCGAACAAGACCGCCUGACAGGAUCGAAUGCCGUGAAGAAGGUGCACGUAACGAAGCCUUCUCGCGACCUCCGACAGCGCCUGCUUCCUCCCAGUUCGGUGAAGCUCAAAGAUGAAGAGAGCAAGUUAUUGAUGUCGUUCGUGGACCUGCUCGACAAGUGUCUUUCCUUGGACCCGUCGAAGCGUAUCACUCCCAAGGAAGCGCUCGUUCACCCGUUCAUCCGGGGAUGA